AAUGGUGACUGUAUGGCGGAUGGUGCUGCUGGCGGUGCUGCUCUGCUUACUCCUCAGUCCUUAUCUUUUAUUCUCCACACCACCAUUGAUAUCAUCAUCAAAUUCAUCAUCACCGUCGCCACACAAGACCACGAGACACCACCCAGCCUAUGACAGACGCUGCUACAAGUACCACACAAACCUUCAUGCUGAGAACAUAUGCUGCAGAACAGCCAACUUCAGUGGUUCUAUCAGCAUGAUCCACCAGUGUAUUACCAAGGCCAAUGCCCACCUGCUGAAGGUCCACAGCAGUAACGGUACCAGUGGUGAUGCUGGUGACAACGCCGCUAGACCUACUGAAGCUGGUGUUAUGGGGCCUGAUGCCAGGGGCGAACACUGGGCAUUGUUUGGAGACUCUCAUAUAAGGUACAUCUUCACCGCCUUCCUCACACGCUUCAGGAGCCCCACCCUCCAGUACCGACUGCCGGAUAAGGACCAGUGGUUGAGUGCAGCCACUCUGGAGGUGACGCUUCAUGUUAAUAAAACUAUGCAAAAUAUUGAAGCUCGCGACCUGAGUGCCAAUUUCCAUCUGACCUACUACUGUGACAGAAAGCUGACAAUGCUGCCAAAGAAGCUGACGGAGUGGGAGCAGCAUCCUCACCGCUCCCCAACACUCAUUAUCUUAGCUGGAGCGCUGCAUUGGAUGUUGCACACACAAAAGGUGUACCAGAGCCAAGGACCCGAGGCAGCCGUCGCCUUGUACAGGAAAGACAUCAGCAGCUUCAAGGACCAGCUCGCCCGCCUCGCAGCCAACACCACUGUCGUCUUUAAGCUCCUCGACGACCUCAAGCGAGCCAGCAUACCCAAUGCAACGGAAGCCAUCAACACCCGGAGUAACUACCCGCUGUACAACAAGGCGGCGCUGGAGGAGCUGUCAGGGACGGGUGUGAUCAUCUGGGACAGCACCCUGCCACUCUCCAGGGCCUACACCCUCCGCUGUGAGGCACAACCCCUGCACACUCCACCCUGGCACCACUGGAACUGCCUGGACAAGGGCCAUGUAGGGUACAUCCUCGUGGACCAGUAUGCUGAUAUGAUCAUCAAUGAUUACUGUAACAAAUACCUAAAUUUAGGCCAAGACUUUUGUGUCUAGCUUAUGCUUAUAUUCUCUCUUUAUCAGCUGAUUUUUAUAUUAAUAUACUUUUAUAUAAAUAUUUAUAUAACGAAUUAUUGCAAGUUUAUAUUAAAAUACAUUAUUAAUAUAAAGAUUUGUAACGUAUUUAUUGUAAUAAACUAUGUAUAUAAGACUGUAUAUGCCACAGUGUGUCUG